AUGCAAACGGACCCAAAACGCGAAUUGGGUCAGUACGAUGAUAAUCUAGCUGAUGGCUUCCAAGGAAUCGACAAUCGCUACUACUAUUACAUCGAUCCCAAUGAAGAAGAGAUUAUAGAGCCGAUAUCUCUGGAAAUCGUUGGCGAAUAUGAAUAUGCAUAUUGCAACGAUGACGACGAAUUGAUGAUGGAUAAAUACCUGAUAGCUCAGCAUAAUGUAUCCACUGUGGACUAUGAAUUGUUGCUGAUGGCCCAUGAUUGGGUGGAUUUGGAUCAGUUAAGUGAUGUUCAAACCUUUCAAGAGAAGGUUGCCGAUGCAAAUGCUAAACGACAAAAAGGUGUUGAGGUGAAUGACACUUUUUCUCGACGCUUGAUAGAUAGUAGCAUAAAACAAAUCCGUCUCGAACGAAAGAUGGCUCCGUUACCUCCCACCUUAGACGAACUAGACGGGAGAGUUCGAGAAAGAUUUUCAGGUCGUCACGACCCAAUAAAUCCCUUUAGGUAUGAUAAGGACAAUUUCGCAUUAUGGCUCAAGGACUCAACGAGACCGUUUGCACGGGAGCAAAUUGACGUAGGAGUAAAGGAACUGAAAGCAAAGCACCAGCAUCUAGCGGAAUGUCCCAUACAGUCUUUCCCGCCGGUUAACUUCAGUCCGGAGUACACAAUGUUCAUGGAUUUAAGGACCAUUGAAGCACAGGCUCAAAACAAAAUUCGCGCUUUGGACCUAAAAGCGAGCGUGGCUUAUGACAUCCACAACGUGUUACAGCCAGGGAAAAAACCCAAAGCAGCGAAGAAAGUGGAGAAAACAACGACGAGGCUCCAGCAUCGGAAGUCCUAG